AUGGCAGCGCUACGCCUUACGGGCGGACAACUCAUGCGGAUAUCGAGCCCUCUGUGCACGUCUACCCGGUCAUUCGCUUCUGCGGGGCGCCGCAGCAAGGAGCGUCAGCAAUACGUUUGCCCCGCCACACUUUCACCGCUCCAUACAGCGCUUUCAAUUGCUCAGCGACACCUGAGCACUGGUCCGCCUUCCUUCCCAUGCGUGGAUGCCAACGAAGCGCGCACGGCCUGGCUGCUAUCUCAGGGACCCUCGUUGACCGAAAAUGAGAGUAAAGCUGCGCGCCUCUCUUCUGGUGAUGAUGGAGGACCCGAGCCGGCAUACUCGCCCCCAAAGGGCUAUCUGACCUUUAGCAGCGAAAAAUCUCUGAAGCUCGACUAUGGCGGUGAAUUGCCGCGCUUCGACAUAGCCUACGAGACAUGGGGAAAGCUGAAUGAGAAGAAAGACAACGUCGUUCUGCUGCACACGGGUCUAUCCGCAUCCAGCCAUGCAGCAUCCACCAGCAGCAAUUCGGCCAAGGGAUGGUGGGAAGCAUUCAUUGGGCCUGGCAAAUCCAUCGAUACAGAUCGAUUCUUUGUCAUCUGCACCAACGUUCUGGGAGGAUGCUAUGGCUCCACAGGUCCAUCCAGUCCGCACCCGAUCGAUGGGAAGCCCUACGCCACACGAUUUCCGAUCUUGACCAUCUUCGAUAUGCUCAGAGCUCAGUUCAGGCUGCUUGACCAUCUGGGCGUUCAGAAAUUGUUCGCUAGUGUGGGCAGCAGCAUGGGCGGAAUGCAGAGCGUCGCUGCAGCUCACAUGUAUCCAGAGAGGGUGGCAAGAGUGGUCAGCAUCAGCGGUUGCGCGAGGAGCGCUCCCGCCAGCAUCGCACUGAGGUACGCUCAGAGAAGUGGUGAGUCCGGGCAUUUUGAUCUGGAUCUUGAUCGAAACGUGAUGUGCCCAGUCUGCAGCCCAUCCCAUUGCACACAAUGCCUCGCUGACUGCUUGAUGUUUCACGACGUCCACAGUCCUGAUGGCUGAUCCAAAUUGGAAUCGAGGCUUCUACUACGACAAGGGCUCGCUUCCCCCCCACACUGGUAUGAAGCUGGCUAGGCAGAUCGCCACCAUCACGUACCGAUCAGGGCCAGAAUGGGAGCAAAGAUUCGGCCGUCACCGUCGUGUAGCGGCUUCCUCGCCCGAGUCUACUUCCUCCGCGUCUGCUCGCAAUGCGGCAAGCUUCUCAACAGGGUCUAGACGAAAGGAACAAGAUCCUGCUCUGUGUCCGGACUUUCUCAUCGAGACUUAUCUCGAUCACCAGGGAGAGAGCUUCUGUCUCAAAUACGAUGCCAAUUCAUUGAUCUACAUUAGCAAAGCGAUGGAUCUGUUCGACAUGUCAGACUAUGCGCUGGAAGAGCUAGCUAGAAGGCGUAAAGCUAAUGUCGCAGCUGCAAGAGAGUCGCUAGACAUUGGUGACGAGACUGAGCGAGCUUCGUUGGACAAAUUCGAUCAAGAGACGAGCACGAUUGGUGAAGCUUCUCAAGCAGAUGAGACGAUCGUCGAACCUGCUACACAGCCCAGCUCUCCUCGUCGACAGCAUAUCCACACACUUGCUUCGCCCUCGGCUCACGCCUACCUUCCGGCACUAGCGAGAGGUCUGAAGAGGCUUAGCGAUGUACCUGUUCUCAUCCUCGGCGCUCAGAGCGACAUUCUGUUCCCAGUAGAUCAGCAGCGGGAAUUGGCGGAAUGCUUGCGCAUCAAUGGGAAUGACAGGGUCAGAUACUACGAGAUCGACGCCCCACACGGCCACGAUAGCUUCCUGUGAGUACUCAACAGCCAUUGGGCUGGUUUACUCAAGCUCUGUGAAUAGCAUGUUGACCGCUGCCACGCGCUCCUAUUCCGCAGCAUCGACGUGGCCAAUGUUGGAGGAGUUCUGGACGGCUUCUUGCGAUCAUCAUAG